CCAGCGCCGUCAGACAUGGGCGUCCGACUCCUGCUGGCCUUGUGCGCGGUCCACGCGGUCCACCUGGUCCACCCGGCCGUCGGCGCAGACUCGUGUGAUUCAAAACUUCGCCCCAGAUCGCCCCAGAACGAGUUGAGAGAUCAUCUGCUGUGCAACUACGAUUUCAACAGAGCUGCUUUGUCAACUUACGAAAAGAACGUUACUUCUGCGUCUCAAUUUGUAGUGCUCAAUAGCAUAGACUACAUUGAGUGGGGCAGUCGAAAAGAAGCGAUAAUAAAUACGUUACAAAAUUGGACUUGGUAUGACGUACGUCUGAUUUGGAAUCCCAACUCGUACCAUGGAAUCAGCUCUAUCUGGUUGGACCCACAACGUAUUUGGACGCCAGACGCCAUGUUCGUCGACUUGAUGGAGUCCCUGGAAUUCGCCGGCGGCAGGUGCCGGGUGACGUCGGCGGGCCACGUGACCUGCUCGGCGACGUCGGCGCCGCGGGUGGCCUGCGAGGCGCACCUCGCCUCCUGGCCGCAUGACGGCGCCACGUGCACCCUGUACCAGGUGGCGGGCGACAUGGCGCUGGAGAAGCUGGACCUCAACCUGGACUCGGAGGACGCCGCGUCCAAGUUCAGCUCGGCGGGGUACAGGCCGAACCGCAUGUGGAAGCUGCUGAAGGUGGACAUCGAAGUCUUGGCGAGGGGCGACGACAGGCGGAUAUCAUCGGUGUUGUUCCUCUUCAGGCUGCAGAGGCGGUCCGCUCUGUACGGCGUCAUCUUUCUCCUCCCGGCACUGGUGCUCCCUGUUCUCACCCUGGCCACGUACUGGGUCGACCCGGGGAGCCCGGCGCGCAUGCGCAUCUGCUGCGUGGACAUCUUCACCCACGUCUACCAGCUGCAGGCCCUGGGCUACGAGCUGCCGACCGGCGCGGAGUGCCCCAGGAUAAUUCUGUACUACCGGGACUCGAUGCUGGCGGCCGGGUUCACGAUGCUUGUGGCGGUGGUGCUGCAGUGGCUUUCCUCCGAGGCGGGCGACCCGCCAUCUUGGUGUGCGCGCGCCGCCUCGUGGCUCGCGGACAGGCGCUACAUGCGGGCCCUGCUGCUGGUCUCGGGAGGGGAUCGAAGCAGUCCACUCGAGGGUCGUGAAGACGUCUCGCCUGGAGAGAUCGCCGCAGCAGACAGAAGCGCAGAUGCAAAUCCACACGCCUGGAAGCUCGUGAUACACAUCGCGGACCGAAUAUUGUUUCUCGCAUUUGCUUCUGUAUAUUCCAUUCUGCUGUUAGUUCGUGUUCUGUGACUAAGAUGAAAAUUUCUUGUACACAAAUUUGGUCGUGCAAAAAUGAUGUUAAGAUUACAAUAUGAUUUUAUUUCUUCAAGAUUCAUUUAAAAAAAAUAAUAAUUACAUUAUUUUUAAAACAUGUUUAAACGAAUAAAUUCUGAAACAAGUUACCAUUAACUGAAAUGUUUAUAUUUUUGUUUGUAUAUUAAAAUGGAAAUUUGAGCAGCUA